AUGCGCGAACGGCACGGCCCACAGUCCGAGUGGCCGGAGAAGGUAGCGUCCGCAGCGCUGCAGGCGCUGGAAGGCACGUGGUCGCUGCUCCGGACCUUCUCCCGUGAAUGCGACAAGGAGCAGUUCGGCUCUUUGCUCAAGGAGCAGCUGAAGGCCGCUGUGAAUGCCAGGAAGAAGCGCCGCUCCGACGUCGAUGCUGCAUCGCACCAAGCACCGAAAAUGGCCAAGCUCGCGGCCGCCGAUGAGGACGGGACGACGCUCUCGCGCGAGCUCGUCGCUGCCGUUGACAGUGCGGUGACGUCUGCCGUUGGCGGUCUCGAGACGAAGGUGCUCGCUCGGUUGCAAGAGCAAGACGUUCGGCUGUCUGCUAUUGAGGACAGCAUCGACACGCUGCGUCGCAUGCAGCACAACGAGUUCCGCAGCUUGCGCCAAGGCCAGCUUUCGCUCGCGCAACAUGUGACGACGGAUCACACCGAAAGUUGA